AUGGGCCUUUUCAGCCGUUCGGUGGGGACUUCAGGCAAUCAAAAGCCACCCGUUGGACGUUUUCCAUCCCUAUCUUUAAAUGGGCCAGCUGAGUUCCACCCUAAGCACGCCGGGGAUGUUAAUUCAAGUGGCACUGAUAGGAAAGAAAUAGCUGAGAAGAGGCCGCUUUCGUUUCCAAAUACUGCUUUGCUGAUGCAAGCUGUGAAGCCAAAUGAUUCUCGACCACAUUCUACAACCUCAUCAAGCAGUUCAGUGGUCGGGUUAUAUUCGUCUUCUUCAGAUCCAGUUCAUGUACCAUCUCCUGAUUCCCGACCGGCUACUAAUGUUGGGAUUGAAGUUGGCAUUGUUGGUGUUUGCCGUCAGCCUUCUGAAAAUCCUGUAAAUCUUUCAUCUGCGCGAACCAGCUCGUCUUUGAAUUCAAAUUUGGGACGGGAUGGAACCUCAAAAGAAUCAUUUCGAUAUUUUAAUGCCAUCUCUGAAAGUGACCAGCCCAGCCAGACAGCUGUAUCUGAAUCAGCUUUUUCUAGCAUGUCAGUUAGCAGAUCUUUCCUGAACAAUCAUUACAGUAACAGGCCCCAUCAACAACCUGUGGGUCCUCAGAAAGUUCCAAAUAAGCUUGAACUGGCUCUCAUCUUUCAGAUGCUUAUGGAAUUGAUAGUUGUAAUUUCUCCUUCUCUAAUUGACUUUGUGUUUCAUAUAUCUUGGCUUUUUGUUUUUGGUUACAUGGAGGCUCGAAGGCCCAGAAUCUAG